AUGGCUGUUUUCCUAGAUUGGAAAGAAGAAGAAAGUAAAUCACUUUCUGAUAAAGCUCUAAGAGAGCAGCAGUAUAUUCAGUUUAUGGAUGAUGAUGGGGAUGAGUAUAUUAUCAUUUGCUUUUUCCAGGCUCAGGCAGAAAUGUUUAAGCAAUCAUGUUUAACAUCAUUAACAAUUGAUGUUAAUUAUAAACAUGUUGCUGUCUCUGGCAAUAUAGAGAUCAUUUGGGGCUGGUAUAGUCCUAUUUCUCAACGAGUUAUUCCACUUGUUCGUAUCUUUACAAAUUCAGAAACAUCACAUAUGUUUACACUUAUGUAUUCAAAGGUGUUCUCAAUUUUUAAGGAUAAGUAUGGGAUUGAUGUUAAGUUUAAACACUUACAUGGAUCUGGACUUGUUGGAAUUACAGUUGAUCAAGAAUUUCAAGCUGUGAUGGGAUUCUGUAUGUACUUAUAUGCUCUUGAUCCGCAGAAGCUUCAUUUUCAGCGAGGUGUUGAGAAGUACUGCAAUAUGAGUCGAAGUCCAAAUUCACUUUGGAGUCAAAUGAUGAGUCUUCUUGAUGCUGGAUCUGAAGAGACUUAUGAUGCAAUUUGUGAAGAGCUCAAAAAAAUCCCAUCCAUUGCAGCAUGGGCCAAGCAUAAGAAAAGCAAUCUUAUACGAUUUGGCAUUAAUCGCCAUUGCAAUGAUAUGGAAUCUAAUGAUUGGGACCUUUUACCAUCACAUACAAAUACUGUUGAAGUAUUACAUGAGAUUUCCUAUAGGUGGAGUGGACGAUAUGCUGCUUUGAAGAAGGUAGUUGAUCAUUGUCGCCUUUAUGAUGCAAAUGUUAUCCAAGGGGAUGCAAAUUUCCGGCUAUCUGGUAUUACACAUACCUACCGAGACACUUCGUUAACAGGGCGUUUUAUACACCAGUCUAAGCAAGGGGUUAAAAAGAAGAAUGCAAGAGCAGCGCAGGCUAUUCGAGCACGCCGAGGAAAUAUUAUUCAAACCUUUUUGGAUAAUCCUAUAGCACAGCCUAUAGCUUCUGCUAGUGCUUUAGAACGCCUACCGCAAACGCCAGUGCAUUCAUUGCCAAGUAGUAGUGCACGUUCUCAGAGCUCAGCUGGAAUCAAUUCCGGAUUGACAGCUGGGCCUUCCUCGGCAAGGGCUCGAUCGGUGCUGAGUUUUUCAGAGCGUUGUUUCUGGUCAAAAACGAAAGCGGAAUCCACCUUCUCCCCACUAAAGGAGCUAGAGCUU